CCAAAGACAAUUAACAUCAAGUUUGUCAAAUGUCAAGUGUCAGUUUCGAGUAUUUCUUUUCGUGAAAACUGUCAUUGAGUCAACAUGGCUCCGAGGUUCGAGAUCGCGGUAGGUCUUCGUAAAGGCCACAAAACAACAAAGAUUUCCGCAGGGAAAAAGGGUAUCACAGACAAAGCAAUCAGAAUCAGACCCGCCAGGCUUAAGGGCCUUCAAACCAAGCACUCCAAAUUUGUGAGGGAUUUGGUACGCGAAGUAGUCGGCCAUGCUCCUUAUGAAAAGAGAGUAAUGGAGUUGCUCAAGGUGUCAAAAGACAAGCGUGCUCUGAAAUUCUUGAAGAGACGUCUCGGCACACACAUCCGCGCCAAGAGGAAGCGUGAAGAGCUCAGCAACGUGCUGGUACAAAUGAGGAAGGCGGCCGCACACGCCCACCACGCGCAUUAAUAAUAUAAUAUUAUUAAGA